AUGAACUCUUUCCGUCUACUUAUCGUCAUCGCGAUAGCAGUAGCUCUGUUCGCUCUGCUAUACCAACCAGUGCAAGCGAAUCGCAUCACUCCAGAAGAAGUUGGUCUGGAAGAAAUAUAUGACUUGGACGACUUUGAGAGUCCCUUCUUUGUAGAUCGUCGAGGCUUCCUCUCUAGCUCUCGUCUUGGUCGACGCAAGAAGGGUUUUCUGACAGCUGGUCGAUUAGGACGCUGA